GGAAGAGCCGGGUCACAUUACCCAGUCUGUUUCUGAUCCACAUCCCCUUAAGGAUCCAUAGUUAUCUACAGACACUUCCAAAGCACAGGACACAAUGUCACAGCAUUCCUUAAUGACAAUAAGAGAGAGGAAAAUGCAGGCGGCGGCCAUUUGCAGAGAAAUUCAAGGCACUGAUGGGUCAGAAAUGGACCUGGGCCGAAAGGUGAACAUACCUAAAGAAAUCAUGCUGGAAGAACUCUCCUUAUCUUCAAACAGGGGAUCACGACUCUUCAAGAUGCGCCAGAAACGUUCUGAGAAAUACACGUUUGAGACCAUUCAGAAUGCACCUAUUCGUAUUAACAAUAGUAUGAUUCCUCCUGGAGCUGGUAUCGAAAGCAUAGUUACAAAAAAUGAAGUUAAUGGUGUAGGAGUUGACCAAGAAGCAAAUACUUCUCAAAAUACAACUGACCCACAGUCCAUGCCCAAUCCUGACUGUAUAGCCCCAGGUUAUGGAGGUCCCUUAAAAGAUGUUCCAGCAGAGAAAUUCAACCGCACAGCUGUUCCCAAAUCCUACCACUCUCCCUGGGAUCAGGCUCUCUUCAGUGAUCCCUCUCUAGCAGACAUGGUGCAUUUCCAAAUGCCUGAAUCUGAGCCCACACCUAAAAUCCCACAAUACAAAAGCUUUAAUCGGAUGGCGACUCCAUUUGGUGGCUUUGGGACCGCUCCUAAAACCCCAGUCAAGUCAGUUGAGGUGAACGUUCUCCCAAGUCUUCCACCCCCAGAAGUUGAGGCUGGUCCUGUGCCCUCGCGCCCAUCCUUCAACAGGACAGCUCUAGGCUAUGGUCCCCCUCUGCUCCUUGCUUCUGCCACCCUGGAGCCAAAAUCACCCAAGGUGCCUAUGUUCAUGCCUGAAUCUGAUGAACUUUGAAUUUCAACUCAUUGCCAAUGUGACAAAUAUGAAGCUUUGUUAACCAUGACAUCUACAGGUUACUUUAAAUUAUAUGUAAAAAAGUUUACAUGGUUAAGGUGACUGAACAUUGCU